CCCCUGGGGGUCGCCAGCUGGAUGUCAGCGUUCCAAAUUAGGCUUUCUUCCAGCGCUGACAUAACAAGUUGAAGCAGAAAGAGCGGAAGCUUGAUUUAUUGCUGAGAUGAACUUUUACCUAGUUUUGUAUGUACAGAUAGUGUUUCCUGGGAGACGAGGAUGGGGGCUGCAUUCCUGUGAAAAGAACGUGCCGGGAUGUAGAGAUGGAUCUGUAUGAUGGCCAAUGGGACAUUGGGGUUGGAGAGCGGAAGAGGAGGGGGUUGGAAGGAGGGGCCAGUUUGGCUGCAAUUUGAAUCAGAAAUGUCGGAUUCUGCUAUUCUUAAAAAUAAAAUGAUUCAUUAGACAGCUUGCGCUUGAGAAUGAAGUUUAUUCAAGAUAGCACCGAAACCUGACAGACAGCCAAACUCUCCUCCAAAUCCAGGCUGGCUGAGUUUAAAUCAUCCCGUUCCCUCCCAGACAUCUGGUCGGACGGACUAUGGCUGAAGCCAAGCUAUCGGAGGAAAGCCUGCUUCAAGAAACGGGAGGAGCAGAAGCGGUUGUGAUUCCAGCCAACUUGGAAAAUACAAAGGUUCAACUUUCUUCACCUUCCCUCCCCGCAGAACUUCAAGCAAAGAAACGUGAAGCAGAUAAGUACCCGGGGACUGUGCCAAAAGCCUUAGAGGCGGAAUCCCCUUUUGCAAAGGUAAAAGAUAAAGAAAAACCCCUAAGUGAAUUGGGAAGGGCGAGCUGGGGAUGGGAAUGGCAGCGAAGCCCAGACAAGGCAGCACCUCCCCACCCCAGGAUGAGAGACGAGGCAGAGGACUAUCAACACCAGGGCUGGCCCUCCAGAGCUCAGCACAGAGAGGAGAGGGCAGAGAGGGAGGAGCCACCCCAGUUCAGAGGGAAGUUCGAUGGUGACCCAGACAACCUCGCCCAAUUCCUCGAUUCAGCUGAGAUAUACAUAGAGCAGUUCGGACACCUCUACCCUUUCCCCAGAGCCCUAGUGAAUGCUAUCUCGGAAGGGCUGGAGGGAGAAGCAAAGAGGUGGUCAGCAUCACUCUACAAAUACAGGGCUCCCCAGCUACAAAAUGCGGAUGGGUUCUUGCAACUAUGGAGAGCCCGUUAUGAGGAGGAGGAGGAGGAUCCCUAUGUGGAAGACGAGCUCAGAAACCUAAUGCAGAGGGGGAAGCCUAUCAGAGAGCAUAUCCGUGAAUUCAGGAGAGUCAUUGGGACACUGCCUCCCCUACCAGAGCGAUUGCUGGUGUAUUUUUUUAGAACAAGCCUAGAUAAAAGAAUUUCCCAAGUGACUGCCUAUCGUGACAUCCCAAACCGACUCGCUGAAGGGUUCCGGGUAGCGAUAAAAGUCGACAGAGGGCUGCGGGCGAGUGACACGUCAAAACCACCAGAGGGAAAGGAGAGAGGCCGACCAGACCAGGGGCCACUCAACAGACGAGAAACCCCAACAUCACAGCCCUCCUACAGACCAACUGCCCCACGGAGCCCACUGAAAUGCUACAGAUGUGGGGGAAGCGGCCACAUAGCAGCAAGAUGUGGAACGCCUAGACCGGGACCAGCUCCACCGCCCAAAGCACGACCGGAACGAGGGCCCAAGCGCGUCACCCACGUACCGCAGGAAGCUCCCCAAAUCCCUGAGUUUUUCGCUCAUCUGACCGAAACCAGAGGAAUCCCAGAUGAGGGAGAUCAGUUCCCUGAACCCUAUGACACGGAAGACAAAGGCGAGGAUGACCCGAUGGUGAUGUCGCAGAAGUGAAGGGAGAGGGGCCGGAUGUCAGCGUUCCAAAUUAGGCUUUCUUCCAGUGCUGACAUAACAAGUUGAAGCAGAAAGAGCGGAAGCUUGAUUUAUUGCUGAGAUGAACUUUUACCUAGUUUUGUAUGUACAGAUAGUGUUUCCUGGGAGACGAGGAUGGGGGCUGCAUUCCUGUGAAAAGAACGUGCCGGGAUGUAGAGAUGGAUCUGUAUGAUGGCCAAUGGGACAUUGGGGUUGGAGAGCGGAAGAAGAGGGGGUUGGAAGGAGGGGCCAGUUUGGCUGCAAUUUGAAUCAGAAAUGUCGGAUUCUGCUAUUCUUAAAAAUAAAAUGAUACAUUA